GUGGAUGAGCCAGGUUAAUGCCCCUGCUUACAGCUGCACAGAGUGCUGCUUGGCUUUUCCUCCGGGGCCUGAGGGUGGCAGACACAGCCAGAGGCUUUAACUAGUAGGUUCUGAUACUCAGCUCAGUGCAUGGAAAUAUCCGAGGAAACGGGUGGACGUGACCCCGAAGCCAAGGGACAGAGAACACAAAGACAGUGGACGCAAGAGUCGGAAAACCUGGAUCCACUCCCCAGCGGUGUGGCUCAGCAAACUGGCUGAGCUUCCAGUUCUUCAUCAAUAAAAUGGGGACGACACUGUUUGCUCUUGGCCGCUUUAUGGGAGACUCAGAAGAGUCAACUGUUUCUGUUCCCAAGUUUGACAAGGUUCCCUGGCUCUGUGAGGCCAGCCUCAGAAACAAGCCCCUCGUGCUCAGCCUCCCCAAAAGAUAUCCUCAUGCCUCUGCUACUUUUAUGACUUCAUCCAGGAUGGAUAUGAGUUGGACAAAUUUGUUGCAAGGUCGAGAUGGCUUAUCUAAGGCCAGGAGGAACCAGAGUGACCCCUUGCUGGCCGGGAUCGGGCGGCUGUGCUCCACAUGCCGGGAAAUGAGGACGGCACAACCAACAACUAUGAUGAUCCCAGAUGAUCUGAAGCAUUCCUUGAAGGAUGUUAUGAGUCGUAGAAUGAAGAGUCUCCAGCCACUGAAAGCUCAGACUGCAUCCAGGUGUUCCCCUGAUGACAUCUCAACAGAGAGCAUUGGCCACAGACUGCCCAUCCUGGGCCCCCGGGCAGCUGUCUUCCAGGGAGUGCUGUCACAGUGCUGCAGGGCCCUGCGGGGGACACAGCUCUCCUCGCCCAGAAAGGAGCCCGUGGGCAAGACAAAGAGGCAGUGAGCGACCGGAGCACAGCUCUUUCCGGACUCUACAGAGCAAACACCCUCACCAAGACAGCCUCUGACACUUCUCGUAAUUUCCUCCU